AUGGCUGGGCAGAUCCGGGACAAGGGCUCCCCCAAAGCCCACUGCCUGAAGCGGCCGACCGACGCCGUAAGCCAAGGUCUUGGAGUACUGUCCCCCGCUCCAUUGCCUGAGGGGGACCCUGGGAAGGAUGCCACAACCCCCGUCGAGCUGCAGCAGCCGGCUAAGGAGGAGGCCGAGUUCUCCUCCGACUCCUCCGUAGGGAGCAAGCCGGAGGUGGAGAUCACCGGAGCCUCAGGGUCGCCAACGUCUGCCGCCCUGAGGAUGAAGACGCGUCGCGCUGUUAGGAAGAUCCAGCUAUUGAAAGCUGGGUCGGCGGCGGCGCAACAAGCCGUGAAGAGCUCAACCCGCAGGGGGACGAGCAAGGUCCGGGGGGCAUCAGCACCCCCAGCCACCACUGAGGUGGGGUCAGUGCUGACCGGCCACAAAGUCGAGGAAGAUGCGGCCCAGUCACUGGACCAGCUACGCGGGGAGAUGGCAUCCCCGUGCGCCGGCUCAGGGACACCGCCAACCGCGCCACUGAGGCUGAAGUUCCCGCUGCGUCGCAGCGGCGAGAGGGUGACACUCAGCGGCGCCAAGAGGAAGGCGGAGGAGUCGUCCAAUGAGGGCGGUUCCAGUGAUGCCCCGAAGCUGACCUCACCACGAGCGAGCCCGGCGAGGAGCGGAGCCCACCACGAGGAGGAGGAGAAGAAGGGGGAGGAGGAGGCCAGCAACAGGGUCUCACCCCCUCCCCACGACGUGGAGAUGCAGGAUCCGCCCCGCGACGAAGGGGCGGUGAAUGCUCAAGUCGGGGCCCUCGAUGUCUCGGCCAUCAAGGCGGUCAGGACUGUCGAGGUCUCGGCCAUCGAGGCGGAGAAGGCCCGAGCCGAGCCCUUGGAAGGGAUCAGGCCCUCGCCAGCGAGGGGGAAGCCCAAGGAGGACGAGUCACUUGGCAGCCACAUGGUCGAGUGCGCCAAGCUGACCCACGAAUGGCUUUGCCAGGCUCUUGUAGAUAUGUCCGAGCAGGCCGCCCAGGAGCUGGCCAGGGGAAGCACCGCCCUUGGCCUGGUGGCGGAGCUCGAGGCCAAGGUGGCCGAGCUGGAGGUGCGGAGCCGCCGUCUGGAGGCCGACAAGGUCAAGGCCGAGGAUGCUCUGCGCAAGGAGAAGCACGAGCUAGAGGCCUGCACCAAGGCCAACGAGGAGCUACAGAAGCUCCGGGAGGCGGCCGAAGCGCGGGAGGCCAGCACUGAGGAGAAGCUUCACCUGGAGCGGGAGGCUCGGAAAGUUAUGACCUAG